UAAACUCUAAACAGAAACCUGACAUUAAUCGGUUAUUUAAAUUGAUAGAUGCUUCUCUUGUAGAACCACUACUUGUUUGUUUCAACAUAAUCAUCAUACUCUAUAAUCAACAAUAUAUAAAUACUCAAAAAGGUUUUGAUCCACAUACAUUAUAAUUUAUAUAUGCUAUUUUAUUCCUAACAAACGAAAAUGGCCUCAACAUCACCAAUGCUAGUGUUAAUAACACCAAUAGUGUUGAUGCUGAUCCACAAUACAGUGAGGGAUACAACACAAGAGAAACAGAAAUGUGCAGAGCAACUAACUGGUCUUGCAACAUGUCUUACAUACGUUGGUGGUGAUGCAAAAUCUCCCACAGCAGAUUGCUGCAGUGGACUCAUAGAAGCCAUAAAAAACAAAAAGAAGUGUGUUUGUCUUAUCAUCAAAGAUAGAGAUGAUCUUGACCUUGGCUUGAAGGUUAACCUCACACUUGCUCUAGCCAUUCCUUCACUUUGCAAAGCUCCAAAUAAUCUCUCAGUGUCCGACACUUCUGCACUUGGAUCCUAAAUUAGCUGAAGCUCAAGCUUUCAAUCAACUUGGCCAGAACUCCAGUGGUGGAUCCAAUAGUACUAGCCCUUCUCC